UUUAUCCACGGAGGAUUUAAUCACGGAGUUACUUCGUUUUGGAGUAGAGGUCACUGAAGAGGAGAGAAGUAAAUUCAAAGAUAAUGAAGUUGACGGAGAAGCAGUGGACUAUGGAUUGACUGAGAGGAUGGUUUCAUACCUCUUUGAAGGAUCAUUUAAGAAGCAAGCCAAAUUCAACCGAUUUGUUCAGCAGUGGAAAGAAACUGUGACACUAACCCUUGAGCCUGUCCCGGUACAUUCAGAGAAGGCUACAGCGGAAUCAAGUCAUGCCAUCCCAUCAUCAGCCUUCCCAGCAGUUUUCAUCAUUCCUAAAUUUCCCAGAGAUGUUCAGACAAAGUUGGACCAAAAACCGCCAUGCAAAAUUGAGAGAUCCGAUCACAACAAAAUCAUAAGAACAUUGUAUGAAACCAUGGCCCUGAUCAAAAUGUUCCCGACCAAUGAUGACUAUGUGAAAGUGUGCAAGGCCCUGAUUUUGAAAUACCCUUUCUUAAAGGACAAAGAAGGCAAUGGUUAUCAUACCUGGCACAUGUCUCUCAAACGUAAGUUCAAAUAUGAGCGGGUGCCGCUGAUAGAUGAUGAGGAGGUGAGAAGAAUGAAACUGAAAUUUGGUCAUCACAAAAAGCCUUUGCAACACGAAGAAAACACAAGCAAACGAGCCAAGACAUCAAAGGAGGUGGAUAUUAUUGGGGAGGAUGAUACCUCAGUAGCGGGCCAUGUGAAAGUCCUGCAGGACCAGUACCGGAAGACACAGCCAGAUGUCCGAAUGGUGGAAGAACGUAUGAUGAGGACAUUCGCUUGGAGAAGGCGAGAGAUUGCCAAUGGGAUGACUGUCGAAGAAGCCAUUAACAAAUAUCCAUUCCUUAAAAGUCCAUGCAGGCUAUUUCAGGAAAUGGGCCGGCUUCAUGAUGAAAUGAAUAUCUGCCGAAGAUUCGAAGAUGGCUUUAAGGUCCUAGUACCCACAGUGCUUAGAUUGACUCAAAGGAAAUCUCCCCUUGCAGAUCUGGCUUUGGAGGAAAGAGAGGCUGCCCUCACCGAAGAUGUCCCUGGGAUUGAUUUCAGAGCUGCAAUCCUGCUGUUGCCGAUCCUGUUCAGGGAGAAAAAUGACGUUCUCGUCAUACUUGGGGAGGAUCAGCCACCAUCGCCAUAUCCUACUGUACAACUCGACGCUGUCGCUGACUGGAGGACUGUGCUCACUCGAAGGGUCCCUGCAGUGGUCAAACUGGAUGGACAGUCAGUCUGCAUGGCGCUUGGUUUGGAGGAAGGUGUUAUUGCUGCUUUUUGUGCUUACUUCAUCUACAACGUGGUAUAUCCAUCUCGCCUGAAGAACACCCUGAUUUUCAUUCAGCGAUAUGUUCUAAAAAUGUCUGAGGUUGGUGACAAGCCUCUACCUGUUAGUGUGACCAGGGUAAUCAACAUUUUAGCUUGAUCAACAACAGCAAUGCGUACACCAUUCAGCUGUCCUAAAUGCUCUCGAAGAGCCUUCACAUUGGUGAAGUUAAUCCAGCACAUCGGACUUGUUCAUGCACAUGAACCACAUUUUACCAUAACGUGUGGCCUUAACAACUGUCAAUCAACAUUUUCUAAAUAUGAGUCCUUCCGACGACAUAUUUACAGGAAGCAUAAAGACAUUAUAGCCAGACGAGCCACUGCUCAUGAUAUACAGGAAACAG